AUGCACUUUAUUCUGAGCUUAUUGUGGCAACUCAAUCCCAAGCACCUGAACAACACCCUGUUGACCAACAGUGAGCUGCUUUUCUUUAAUCGCGUGCCCAGAACGGGAGCUAAAACGCUUCUUGAACUGCUGAGUCGCCUGGGCGAGCUCCACAACUUCAUCCUUGAGCAUACGCCUUUUUCUAGACCUAUUGUCAACCAUUUAACUUUUAAGCAGCAAUCAGCUCUGGGCCAAUAUGUUUCAGACCUGGGAGAAAGCUCAGCCUUUGUCUAUGUCGAGCCGGUGGGCUAUAUAGAUUUUCGAUCUUAUCACUUGCCCCAGCCCAUCUACGUAAACCUGGUGCGUGAUCCUGUAGAGAAAAUUAUAAGCUGGUACUAUCAUAAGCGUACGGCCUGGAAUGCUCUUCGCAUGUAUAAAAUUAAUGGAAAAUUUCAAAAACGCGACUUCUAUACGAAAAGUUUUGAGGACUGCGUCUUAAAAGCGGAUCCCGAGUGUCGUUAUGAUUAUGCAAUGGGCUUUCAGAACGACUCCGGUGAUCACAAGCGCCAGAGCUUAUUCUUCUGCGGACAUGCGCCCCUCUGCGAACCUUUUAAUAUACCUGCUGCCAUAGCUCGUGCUAAGCAGAAUGUCGAGCGGCACUUUGCCGUAGUGGGCUCUUGGGAGGAUGUAAACGUUACCCUGGCCGUGUUGGAGCACUAUAUACCGCGCUUCUUUCGAGGUGUAAAAGAUCUUUACUUUGCAGCCGAGCACCACUUGUCCUUGCCACAACGCAAUCAUUGGAAGCCGAAAAUUAGUGAGCACAUCAAGAGCUUGGUGCGUGCUAAUUUUACAUUGGAGUACGAGUUCUAUUAUUUUUGUAAGCAACGUUUAUAUCGUCAAUAUUUUGCAAUAAAUCGUCAUUUAGAGCUGUAA